CCUCGGCAGGCCGCACAUCUAUCCUCACUCCUUCCGCAGACGAUGUCACUGAUAUUCACACCAAGGCAAGCUCGAAUCAGCUCUGCUCAGUCUGGCGACUUGGCGGCAGACGAAGGUGUCCUCUUUACCCGAGACAGCCUCCUCAGCUUCCUACACAGCCAUGGUGUCACAGCAGAUGCGAGCCAUGUACAGGUUGAUAAGCUGACAAGCUUCGCUACCGUUGGGCGUAUGGCAAGCGCAACAUCAAGCCAAUCACAAGCUCAAGCGAGCGGAUCAAGCUCUGCUUCCAAUCUCGCUGCUUCUUCCUCGACCAACCCAUCAAUAGACCCAACGCCCACUACCUCUGCUGCGCCACCCGCUCCCGCUCAGAGUGUCACCGGCAGUUUAGCACCAAAAAAGCGAGGAUCUUUCAUUGUCAUCGAAGGGCUAGACCGAGCCGGCAAAUCGAGCCAGGUGGAGCUCCUGUCGCAGUAUCUUUCAGACCGGAAGCAGGACGGCAAAGUGAAAGUGAUGAAAUUCCCGGACCGGACAACUCCCAUUGGCCGUAUUCUCAAUUCCUACCUUACAGAUCCCUCCAUCUCUCUCCAUCCCAAGGCUGUUCAUCUCCUUUUCUCUGCGAAUAGAUGGGAGCUGCACGAUCAGAUCUUGAAGGACCUUAACGACGGAUGUGACAUCAUUGCGGAUCGGUAUGCGGGAAGCGGGGUAGCCUACUCUCGAGCAAAGGGUCUCCCCCUCCCCUGGCUCCUAUCACCCGACACUUCCCUCCCCUCACCCGACCUCACCCUCUUCCUCUCCCUCUCCGCCGCUGCAGCAGCCAAGCGAGGAGGGUAUGGUGAGGAGCGCUAUGAGAAGGAAGAGAUGCAGCGAAGAGUGCGUGAAGCAUUUGCUGAGAUUGAAGAGGUGACGAGGCAGGGCUCACGCUCUUUGCAAGACCAAGGACAAGGGCAAGGGCAAGGGCAAGGGCAAGGGCAAGGGCAAGAGCAGGGGGGAGAGGUAGAGGGUAGGAUGGGUACGCGAUGGAGGACAUUGGAUGCUGAGAAGAGCUUGGAGGAGGUCUUUGAAGAGGUCAAGAGGGAGGUGGAGAGCGUGAGAGACGAGGUGCAUCGCUCCGGCAGGGGCAUUGGCGGGUUAUGGAAUGGUCACGGAGAGCUAGACGCUCAAACACACUGAGGAGCGCGACAGGGGAAAGCAUCGCGGAAAGAAAGUAUGGACAUUCUCGAUAGCGGUCUAUCAGUCAAUGACUCAAUGAGGUAUAUACAAGCAUGAGUUCCUAUCUAUGCUGGCUAGUCUUUCUUUUGUGUCCCACUAGCGCUGCUGCUCUUACUGCGAAUACCGUUGCUUGUGCUGC